AUUUUAACUGUAUUAAAUGCAUCUCAGAAUAAAAUUAAUAGUAUUUUAGUAAUAAUUCCGCAAUCAAAUGUACUUCUUCUCAUCAGUCUUAGAUUUAAAGGAGUUAGGCAAAGUGUACAGUUAUACGUGCUAGACAAAGCACAAUUAUUGCUGGAAGUGUAGAAGGAUCAAUAAUGGGACUUAUGGAAUCUUUCAAUACGCAAAUUUCCAUUAAGAAUAUGAAAUACUGACAAUUUUAUUGAUACUUUUUAUAAGUAUGAUGUGGUGUCAUAAGGAUGGCCGGAAUCAGAAGUGUUCAUCGUGAUGCAGCUGCUCAAUUGUUAUGUGAACAACGUGCAUUGUUAGUAAUCACAGUAGCAUCCAUCGCAGCCAUAUUGUUAUGGAUGGUCGCAAUGGGUACAGAGUAUUGGUUUUAUGUAGAGGUUCCUAAUGGCGUAUACACAAACAAAACUGAUACAAUGUUUCUGAAAAGCCAUUCGGGACUGUGGAAAUUAUGCAAAACAGAAGUUAAAAAUGUAUCGGGAAGAGAAGCGAAGAUUGUAAGUAUUUUUGUGAUAAUAUUUUUAUUCUUUUUAAUUAUAGAUUAUACAAGAACAGAAACAGCCUUUUCCAUAAUAAGUCUUUGUUUAAUGGUAAUGGGACUUGGAUUUAGUUUGUACACCUUCAAAGAACCAAGGUAUAUGUUCAAAAGAUUGGCAGGUGGUGUUCAUUUUCUAACAGCUGCAACGGUAUUAGUUGUGAUAGAAGUACUCAUCAAUUCCAUAAAAUAUGAAGAAAGAUAUUUAAGUGCUCGUCAUCCAAAGGGUGCAUCAUUGCAUUAUGGUUUCUCUUUUGUAUUGGGAUGGAUCACCUUUGUUGUCUUUAUUAUCGCUGGUUGUUUAUUUAUUUAUUGUUCUAGAAAAAGGAAAGGCGACAAAGCACCGUCAGAGUACCAUGCACGCGAAGACGAACCUAAUAUACUAGGAAGAAUGUGAACUACCUCAAAUUUUUACAAUGAUCUUCAUUAAUUAUUUUAAAAAGUUCUAUAUAAAGAUACGUAUAUUUAAGGAAGAAAACGAAUGAAUUUGAACGAGAUUAUAUGCAAUACUUUGCCACUAUAUUUAAGAAAAACAUAUCACAAUAAGGGAUUGUUAUUUUUUUGAAUUUGUUUUAAUUACUGUAAAAUUUCCUAUAAUAUUCUUAUAAUACUUCAAGCAAUUUUAAUUUCUUUUCUUUUUUCUACUAUAAAAUUACUAUAUACCAAUUCUUAUAUAUAUAUAUCAACUUUCAGAUGUAUUUUUUGAUGAAUUCGACUCGAAAAAUUUCAUUAAAAAUAUUCUUCUAUGUAUAAAAUACACCGCGAUUCGAUUCUUGUAUUUCAAAUAAUGGCCCAAAAAUUAAUGUGAUAUUAAGAAUAUAUAAAAAAUUAUAAUGUACAUAAAAUAUAUAAUUGUUGUAAAAGUAUAAAAAAUGAAAUUCAUCCAUCAUUAAAGCACGAAAAUCUCUUUAAAUCUAUAUUAAAUAUUAUUCAUUCUUUGCUACAAUUUCAAGAUUCUUGUGAUAAUUUCAGUUGACUUUUUCCAUUUUAAAAUGUUAAAAAUUAUAAUUAAUUAUAAAUUUAACAUUACUUGUGAUUGUUUAUUGAAUUUUUAUUUAAAAAAAAAAAAUACAAUUUAAAAUAUAUAUUUUAAAGGUAUUUUACAGUGUUUGAAAUUCUAGAUAUAUUCUAGAGAAUUUUUUUUAAUGAUUUCUAAAAUAGUUUUUAUUCUAAUAAAUAGAAGAAAAUAUCAUAAUUAUUUUUUAU